AUGACCAUCCCUCCUCCCGGACUGGGGGGCGGGACCAUCAAGUCAGCCCCUGCCAGCUGGAGCGGUGCUCUCCCUCAAUCUCCUACCAGUAGUGACUCCGCUUCCAUGACUUGGAAUAGCACGAUGGGGUUUGGGACGGGUGUCAAUAUCGGUGGAAGCAGUGGAAGUGGAGGGAAAAGGGAUCCAGUACAAGCAAUCUCAGUCGUCAAGGGACAAGUCGGCUUCAUGGUGAGAACUCUCACAGAAGACAACUUCGAUAGGGCGUCCAAUGAGAUUAGAAAUUUGGUAUCUGUACAUGGGCCCGAACUCUAUCACGACUUUCUCAGACGAGCCGCGAACAUGGCCAAUCCUAUCAUACAAGCUCUGAUCCACUACUCCAAAGACGAAACAUCAACAUCCUCAUAUCCCAAUCUUCCUUCAUCCGGUGUCGCGAUGUUGAACUGGAAGAUGAUCAUACAGGAAGCUGUUCGGGCAUCAAGGGAUGUCACCCUCGCCCCCCACUUCUCACUCGUGAUGCUCUCAUCGAGCUUGUCACCACCAAACCCCUUUCCCCUCCCAUCUCUGCGACUCCUCAGACUGUCGACGUCUUUACUCUUCUCUCUCACCGCCUUCACUCUCGCAUCACCUCAGGUGUUCCCAAAAUCCCACGCCUCUUAUCCGGUUUUCCUCGCUUUCCUUGCCCAAACAUUCCCUCAGGCAAUGGAUAUCCUACAAAGCCCACAGGUGCCAUUUUGGCAUAUGGGUGCGAUUCCGGGGAGGGAAGAGCCUUUGGAGGAAGAUUUGACAGCUGAGGAGGCUAUGGCUUUGGUGCUGGCUCUGUAUCCCAAAGCAGACAUCCCAGAGGCAGAAGGGUUGUCGACUGUAUCUGUCAAUCCCACGCCUCCUCACACUUCACCCCUCACAUCCCACCAACGAGCGACUCUUUUAGGGUCACUCGUUGUCAAAUUCUCAACACCUUCCAUCAUCCUUCGGACUAUACCGAUGAUGUCUCCUGGAGGGCCCCCGAGAUCUUGGAGUCCUAAGGUGUCUGAAGAGUAG